AUGCGAUUAAGUAUAGAGACAUUCAUCGUUCAUGCUCUAACAACAUCUACAACUUAUUGUGAUUUUAUCACAUCAGCAGUAAAACUCAAUUGUACAGCGAAUGCUCUUGCAAGUAAACAGGAGUUUAACGAUGUAAGUCGAUUAUUUAUUUAUUAUAAUACUCAAGUUAGAGGCAAAUCAUUAGAUAGAAAAAUCGAAGAUCAAAGUAGUAGUAUAACAUACGCUCUUGAAGAAUUAAAAGAAUCUGGUACGUAUCUCAAAUCAAUUUGGCCGUACGAUAUAAAACAAAUAAAUCAACGUUCUAGUGUCGAAGCAUUUGAAGCUGCCAAAAAUAAUUGGAUAAUUAAUGCAUUAGAAAUUAACAUAGAUUUAAAUGAGAUGAAAAUAUGCCUUGGACAAAGAUAUGCGUUUGUAUUUUGUUUAGAAUUAUAUAAAUCAUUUGAGGAAGGAAAACAAAAAAGUAUUAUACCAAUGUCAAAAUCAGGAGACACGACUACAGACCAAGCAUGA